AUGAUGUUGGUCCUCUUCACCAUUCUAUUCUCAGUAAUGUACUCUGUAGAAGGAGCGUGCAAGUCUUCUGAUAUUGUUGUAAUGAACCCCAGCGGUCUUCCUGCAAACAUAGCAGGACCGCUUGAAAAAGAACUCAAAGUCGAGCUGUACGACUUCGAAGGUGCUGCUGCAUACUAUGUAGCCAACGUAGGCGCACCCGAUCAGUACACUGCUGUCUGCCUCGCCGGAAAGAAGUUUGGAACCACCGUCUACUGCCGCAAACUCACGAGUAAGGGCAUUCUGAAGACUUCAGUGGAAGAAUUCAGGGCUUUCUAUAACAAGUGUACUGGCAAGAAAGUACCUUCCUUUGAAAAGAGUGGAUUCCAUCUCUAG